GGCUCGGCACAUCGACAUCGACCUCCACUAUACUCGCAUUUCCACUCUGUCGGCAAGUCACCGUCGAUUCGUGUUUUUGAUUGAUCACCUCGUACAUCUUGUUCACUACUCCUUUCUCCUCCCCUCCUCCCCUCCCCCUUCACCACCUGGACCGGCCUGCGCACACCAUGGGACGGCCAGACCUCGACAUUCCACUGCUGCCCGAUGCACAAGAGGACCUCGGUGGCGAGUACGAGUGGCCCGAAGCUGGGCCCUCGAAGCGACCUCUGCAGUCGUCCGCUGCACCGGACCGUGGCGGCGGCGGAGUCGAUGCCUUUACUGCCAAGGCUGCCGCCGCCAUGACGGGCGCCAUGGCGACAAGUCUGCUCAUGACACCAUUCGACGUGCUCAAGACCCGUUUACAAACAGUUCAGCCGUCACUACGACCAAAGUUCUUUCCCCCACCGGUAGAGUGCUGCCAAACGCCAGUACUGUCAGCAGCAACGUCAGCAGCAACGUCGGUAACAUGUGCCUCGUCGACCCUUCCCGGAGCUCCGCCCCAAGUUCGGAUCACCCCUGUCGUGGCUGCCCCAGCCGGCUGCUACCACCCUUCCAAGUGGGCGGGUAUCUGGGGCGAGGCCAUGACAUUCGAGGAGGCCAUGUCGCGUGGCAUUCUGGGACCAGGAGGGACGCUGUCGCUGCCAAGAGGCACACCACGAGCGGAGCCAUCGUCACCGGGGUUCUGGAGCGAGAUUGCGGCAGUUCGUCGUGAGACGGGCAUUAGAGGACUGUGGAAGGGUGUGGGGACCACACUAACAAUGUCCAUCCCCUCCUCUGCCAUCUACAUGCUGGGAUACGAGUAUCUUCUCAAGAGGCUGUCUCCAGUCUUCACCGAUGCCCCAUCUGCCACCCUCACGCCGGCACCACUUGUCGCGGGUUCGCUGGCGCGGACAUUUAGCGCGACCAUCAUCUCGCCCAUUGAGAUGUUCCGUACGCGACUCCAGGCGCUUCCAGCGCCUGGACACCCAUCACCAACAUAUGCCUCCACUGGCAAGGAAAUGGCCACACUUGUCCGCCACGAAGGUCCAAGUGUCCUCUGGCGCGGCCUCGGCCCGACACUGUGGCGAGAUGUGCCCUUCUCAGGAAUCUACUGGGCCUUUUUCGAGAUGACCAAGGCUCAUCUCAGCUCGCCUUCGUCCGUCCUUCCUCCCCUCUCCCCCAUUGCCACCUCGUUCUGUUCCGGCGCAUUCAGCGGCACGGUCGCUGCCCUCCUCACCCAGCCUUUCGACGUCCUCAAGACUCGUCGCCAGGUCUUCACCCCAUCCAAGGAUUGCUCCCCAGAGGCUCUUCGCCACCGCGCCAGCACAUUCCCACUUGCACUACACGUCAUCCGCACCGAAGGCUGGCAAGCGCUCUUCGCUGGCGUCGUGCCACGAUGCGGCAAAAUUGCCCCUGCCUGUGGCUUGAUGAUCGCAUGCUACGAAGGUGUUUCCAGGUAUCUGGGAAGCCCGAGGGCCUAAACUCCUUAUAGACAACAACACAAUGCAUCAU